AUGAUCUGGCUGAAGCUGCUCGCUUUGGCCUUGCUCGUCGGCGUCGACGCCGCCGAAUCCGAACUGGGAUUCAGAGAGUGUGCCCAGUGCGUUUCCGGACACUUUGUGAGUCAUUUUCCUUCGAUUCUUCACUGAUUUCUCCUGGUUUUCAGCUCCUGAAGCAAUGGUUGAUGCAGGAUUCGCAACGAGGAAUGUCGAUGGGAUGGGUCCAGCAAUGGGAGGGCACCGACUGCGCAAAGGGAAAAAUGAACAUGGUGCAGUGCCAGUAUUCGUGCAUUCAAGUCGAUCUGGAGAGAAAGAACGGAACUGGAUACCUCUAUGAGGGUAAGCUAACUACCGCCGAAAGACUCUUUCAUCUUCAUCUUUUUCAGGACUCAUGAUGGACUGCGCCGAUCAGCUGAUUCACGCGAGCCCAGAGCUCCCGCCCGACAUCGAUUUCCGCGCUUAUCUGGCGAAUGAGUCGUACUCUGGCGAGAGAUCCAACUACCGUAUAACCUACCAUUUCACCACCGAGAGCUCUGGAACCAGGCAGCAAGUGAUGGAGAGAAUGUCCAAGCACACGCUGCCCGUUCUGACGCAGGGCUUCAAGUAUUCCACGUGGCUCGUGAUCCUCUUCGGCUUCAUCAUUAUCAUCUUCAUUUUCUGCGUGAUGUGCUUUCUGGUUCGUGAUGAGGUGCGUUCACGAAAGAGCUUCUUGGGAACUAGUGAUAGGCAGAUUUCAGGGGGUCAGGACACGUAUUCGUCGAGAAACCGAAAUCUCUGGAAAAAGCGACCGCGCGCAGAGGGGAAAGAAUCCGACGGAGCCGAGAAAUGAUAUUGAGAUGAUGGCGAUCGACGAGACUCCUCCAGAAACUGCUCCUCUCUUCAUUCCUGUAGGCCCUAAAAGCGAAUAAUCCAUUCCCUUCUCUAUAUUCCCCCUCGUCGAGUGUUUUUUGAGUCCCACUAGUUUCUAAAUGUUCUUCAAAUCAAAUUCAUUCUCGACUCGACAACUGCGUUUUCUCGCUCUCCAAAUCGAUAUAAUAAAUCACGUGAAUAACGCGAUCUCCUUCUCUUUUCCCCCGGGACACGAACGCUUUCAGCUAAAUUAGCACAUUACGGCGUGACCCUUCCGCUCCUUCUUCUGCCAACUCACUUCUCACUUUUACUCUGACAGCAGCCGGCCCAACAAAAUGACGCAGACGCUGUCGAAAUGCGAGAAGUUGCCGGAUAUUUCGAGACCGCGAUGGGAUCAGAAUACUUUUCAAGGUAUUAAAUAGUUUACAGAAAAUGUUUCACGGAAAACUGCUUAGGAAGAAUGUAUCACUUUUUCUCAACUGCCAAUUGCCUGAAAUUGUUGGCGAGCAACGCGAAACUGGACAGAGCUCGGAGCAUUGUGCUCGAGUACAAACAGGGAAAGUACGAUCCGAACAUGACCGUGGAGGAGCUGUGGGAGGCCAAGACACUCUACGACUCGGCGUUCCAUCCGGACACUGGCGAGAAGAUGUUUCUGCUCGGGAGGAUGAGUGCGCAGGUGCCGUGCAACAUGCUCAUCACCGGAGGAAUGCUCACUUUCUAUCAGAAGUCGGUCCUUUUCUUCUGUUUCGUUUCAUUCCGUUUCAUUCAGGCUCCCACACGUGAUCUUUUUCCACUGGAUCAAUCAGUCCUUCAACGCCAUCGUCAACUACACGAACCGGAGCGGCACCCACAAGCAGGACGACCGAACUCUCAUUCUUUCGUAUUGCGGAGCCACCACUGGCGCCCUCUCCUGUGCUCUAUCCUUCAAUUAUCUGCUCAAGAAAUGGAAGACCGCGCCGCCCCUUCUCGCCCGUUUCGUUCCGUUCGCCGCCAUCGCUUUCGCCAACGCCAUAAACAUUCCGAUGAUGAGAAACAAGUCAGCGUCCUUUUGUGCCGUUAAUUCUCCAAAUACUUCUUUCAGAGAGUUCACAAACGGAAUCCCCGUGGAGGACAUCGAUGGCCGCACCCUCGGCUUCUCGACGGUCGCUCCCGGCCACGCGAUCCCGCAGGUCGUGCUCAGUCGUGUCGGAAUGGCCGUCCCGAAUAUGAUGCUCGGCCCGGUAAUCUUCGAUCAGCUUUCUCGUGCCGCCUGGUACUCUCCUUGGAUGGCCGUCUACCUACAAACUGCUCUCUGCGGAUUCAUGCUCGCCUUUUCUACUCCCGUUUGCUGCGCUCUUUUCCCUCAAAAAAGCUCAAUCCACGUGAAUCAGUUGGAGUUGUCGCUUCAGGAGCACAUCAACAAGCUGCCGAACCCGCCGAAAGUUGUCUAUUAUAAUAAAGGCCUGUAA